AUGACGAUGACUUCGGCGCCGAAGGCCGCUUUAGAAGCGGCCCCUAGUGGUAACGACGCCCCCGUUGUAACACUUCAGAAUGGCUCCUACUAUGGCAUUCACAACUCUGCGUACAACCAAGAGUACUUCUUGGGCAUGCCAUAUGCGCAACCACCCCUCAAGGAUCUACGCUUCAGACAUCCCCACUCCUUGAACACAACCUGGGAUGGACUCCGUAAUGCAACGGAGUAUCAGUCCAAAUGUUAUCAGUAUGGAUAUCCGACAGGACCACUCACAGGAGGCUCUGACGAUUGUCUGCACCUGAACGUCAUCCGCCCCUCAGGAGUCGCAAAUGAGAAGCUUCCUGUACUUGUCUGGAUCCAUGGUGGUGGUCUUGUUGGUGGUUUCAGUGGUGAUCCUGGCAAUAACCUUACUUACCUUGUUGACGAGUCUGUUAAGAUGGGAUCACCCAUUGUUGCCGUCUCGAUCAACUACCGCCUGGCUGCCUGGGGAUAUCUAUGGAGCAAGGCAAUCAAGGAGGCAGGCGAGGGUAACAACGGCUUUCGAGAUCAAAGACUCGCCCUGCAGUGGAUUCAGGAAAACAUCGCAGCAUUUGGUGGCGAUCCUGAGAAGGUGACCAUCUGGGGCCAGAGCGGAGGUGCUCGUGGUGUUGCCUCUCAGUUGACAGCCUACGGCGGCAGAGAUGACGGCCUUUUCAGGGCAGCCAUUCUCGAAAGUGCCACGGGAUUCCACACAGGCUUCCGUGAGGAGACUGUCAAAGAUGCUCUUGACUGGGACAAGGGAUAUGCUCAACUACUCAAGCUGACGAGAUGUGAAUCAGCCAAGGAUUCUCUACAGUGUCUCCGAGAGGUUCCGUCUCUCGAGUUGGCUGAGAAGAUUGGAAAUAUCACUUUCCCAGUCUAUCUCGACAUUGUCGACGGCGACUUUAUCCAAGAUGACCGCUCUGAGCUGGUUCGACAAGGGAAAUUUGCCCAUGUACCCGUCAUCAACGGCGCUGCAACCGAUGAUGGCGAUUUCUUUGCUCAAAAGGGAAUCAACACGACAACAGAGUGGGAGGCUUAUCUGCGCAAAGAAGGGGCCAGCAACAGCACAAUUGAAGCCAUCUCUGCCUUGUACCCGGACAUUCCCCGCGUCGGUCUCCCUGCUACUUUUGAAGGACGCCCAAUAGGCGAGUUGGCAUCAUAUGGUGCUCAGUGGAAGCGUGCAUUGGCCUUCGGUGGCGACAGAGCCAUGCAUGCACCGAGAAGAGCCUGGGUCAAGACCUGGGCUGCUGUAAACCUCUCCGCUUACAGCUACCGCUUCGACGUUGUGUCUGGAGAUCGUAACCCAGUCCAAGGAGCAGGCCACUCAGUUGACCUCCCCUUUGUCUUCCGCAACACCGAGCGUCUAGCACAGUUGAACGCAACAGAGCCAGUUCCCGGUUCCUUCAAAGCCUUGGCAGUCUCGAUCUCGAGGAAGUGGAUCAGCUUCACGGCAAACCUCGACCCCAACUUUAAGGGGAUGCAGGGUGAAAAGUGGCCGGUGUACGAGGAGGAGGGAGGAAAGAAUCUCGUAUUCCACAUCAAUGAUACUUCUUUGGCUCAUCUGGAGGAGGACACUUAUCGGACGGAACAGCUCGAGUAUUUGAAUAAGAAGUUGUGGAAGACUGGCCUGGAGGAGGGAAAAUGA